AUGGUCAGCAGAUUCGAACACCCGGCCGGCGGCUACAAGAAGAUCUUCGAGACCUGCGAGGAGCUGGCCGAGCCUCUUCCCGCCACCGUCAUAGGCAGGAUUCCAUCCUUCCUGCGGGGAAGUCUUCUGCGUUUGGGUCCGGGUCUCUUCGAGGUGGGCGACGAGCCCUUCUACCACCUCUUCGACGGACAGGCGCUCAUCCACAAGUUCGACUUCAAGAACGGACAAGUCACCUACUUCCGCAAAUUCGUCAAAACGGACGCCUACGUGCGGGCCAUCACGGAGAAGCGUGUGGUGAUCACCGAAUUCGGCACGUUCGCUUAUCCCGACCCCUGCAAGAACAUCUUCUCGAGGUUUUUCUCCUACUUCAAGGGCGUGGAGGUGACGGACAACUGCCUGGUCAACGUCUACCCGGUGGGCGAGGACUUUUACGCCGUCACCGAAACCAACUACAUCACCAAAGUGGACCCCGACACUCUGGACACGCUGAAGAAGGUGGACAUGUGCAACUACAUCAACAUCAACGGCGUGACGGCCCACCCCCACAUCGAGAGGGACGGCACCGUCUACAACAUCGGGAACUGCAUGGGCAAAGGAGCCACGCUGGCCUACAACAUCGUCAGGAUUCCACCCACCCAGAAAGACAAGUCGGACCCCAUCGAGAAGUCCAGGGUGGUGGUGCAGUUCCCCAGCGCCGAGAGGUUCAAGCCCGCCUACGUGCACAGCUUCGGCAUGUCGGACAACUACUUCGUCUUCGUGGAGACGCCGGUGAAGAUCAACCUGCUCAAGUUCUUGAGCGCCUGGAGCAUCCGAGGAUCCAACUACAUGGACUGCUUCGAGUCCAACGAGAGCCAAGGGACGUUGUUCCACAUCGCCAGAAAGAACCCGGGGGAGUACAUCGACCACAAGUUCAAAGGGGCGGCCAUCGGGAUGUUCCACCACAUCAACACGUACGAGGAGAACGGCUUCGUCGUGUUCGACCUGUGCGCGUGGAAGGGGUUCGAAUUCGUGUACAACUACCUGUGGUUGGCCAACUUGAGGGCCAACUGGGAGGAGGUGAAGCAGGCGGCCAUGAUAGCGCCCCAGCCGGAGGUCCGCAGAUACGUCAUCCCCUUGGACGUCCACAAGGAGGAGCAAGGCAAGAACUUGGUGAGCUUGCCGUACACCACCGCCACGGCGGUCAUGCACGCCGACGGGACCAUCUGGCUGGAGCCCGAGGUGCUCUUCGCUGGACCUCGCCAGGCAUUUGAGUUCCCGCAGAUCAACUAUGAAAAGUACGGAGGGAAAAACUACACGUACGCCUACGGCCUGGGUCUCAACCACUUCAUACCGGACCGGAUCUGCAAGUUGAACGUGAAGACCAAGGAGACCUGGAUCUGGCAAGAGCCGGACUCGUACCCUUCGGAGCCCCUCUUUGUGCAGACCCCCGACGGUGUUGAUGAGGACGACGGCGUGCUGCUGACCAUCGUGGUGGCCCCCGGCUCCCAGAGACCAGGCUACCUCCUCAUCCUCAACGCCAAGGACCUGUCCGAGAUCGCCCGGGCUGAGGUGGAGUGCACCAUCCCCGUCACUUUCCACGGCAUGUACAAGCCGUGACGGCGGACACGUUGGGGCUCUUUCAAAAUAAAUGCUCUCUCUUGAAGAUAAAUGUGUGCUUUUCAUUUGGGGAGAACGUUUGCGCUAGUGGGAUUUGCUUCCCGUCGAAUCGGACACACUUGAGCCCAAUGACUCGGUAAGACGACAUUGUUGGGAUGUUUGCCGAGAUUAAAUAUGUCAUCAGAGAAAAUCUGAAUUAAAGACGGAUUUAUUAUGCAACUCUGAUUUCCAAAGUAAAAGCUGCCCUGUGCUGCAGAGCAGAAAAUCCGAUUAAGUGUGUCAAAAGAAACCAGAAUGUUGUAAUCAAACAACAAAGGUUUAAAUCUCAGUGGCUUUUUUCGGAG